UGUGUAAUAUUUCUCUAAAAAAAAUCUAGUUAAAAUGAUACUAUGUUUUAUUAUUUCAAUUCAGUACAUGUAGCAUUUGAAUAUAAAGUGUAUAAUGAACUUAUAUUGCACAUUAUAUCUGCCAACUUGAUCUUUAGUACUCUUUCUUCCUCUCUGUACUUCUAUCAGCUUUGACUUACUCUCUCCCUCUCUGCUCAUUGGCUAAUUCUUUCCCGCCUUCUUUGCUCAUUGGCUAAUUCUUUCCCGCCUUUUUUGGAGUAGCAGUAAUGCCAAUUCAUGUACCCCCUUUAGGGAUGCUUUUGUACUAUGAUGUGCACCAUUGCACUUUUAUUGUUAGCUAGGGAGAGAGUCCAGUGACUCAUGACACUGGCAGUAGCCAGGGCAUUCCCACUGCUUGUUGUUGAGGAGGAGACUUGUCCCUACAGAAGGAAGUUUAAUUUUGAAGUAGAGAAGACUUCUGCAAGGACUUCCCUUGAUGUACAAUUUUACUUUAGAUGUUGAAGCAAAAUGCAGAAUUAGUGUCUGACCGAGGCUGUUUUCCUUUGGUGAAUAAAAGAGUUCAAUGAAACCGCAGCCCUCGUGAGUCGUGUCAGUGUUGUGGUCGUCGGCGCGAACCCUUUCAAUGGUGUCAGAAGUGGGAUCAUCAGCAACAAGGGACCAUCUGGUGCGGGCUCUGCAGAUAUCGGACUUAGAAGAAAUCUUGAGAACUUACAUUGUACGUGGUCUUAUCCUGGUGUCAUCGUGCACAACGUAAAAUUGAAAUGACUUUAGACUGGUUCUAAACAGCCUCGGUCAGACUGUAUGUAAUGGACAACAUAUGCUUUUUUUACUGAUUUUUGCAGUGAUUGUAUUGUGGUUUCGCUAUUCUGUAUGCAAAAUUCUUUUUAUGUUCCAAAUUGAAAUCUAGGAUCAUGGAAACCAGUUCGAGUUCAUCAUCAGCUACAACUGAGAGUAUGGAUGUUUUGUCCCAAUUCUUCCGCCGUUCAAUUGGAUUACAGAGUAUAUUACAGAGCAACUUACCAAAAUUCCGAGGGAUGCCACAUCAUGCGGAUGAUAUGUCCUUGUCAGAAUGGCUUGAAGAAUUUAAUGGAGUAACUGCUAACCAAAAUAUGGAAAUGAGUAGCAAAGCUCGACUGUUGCUAGAUCACCUUUCAGGACCAGCACGAGAGGAAAUAAUGUGUCUCAGUGAAUCAAAGAGACAGGAUUUUGAUGAAAUAGUAAGUCGUCUGAAAUUGUGCUUUGGCUAUCAGGAAACCACACAGACCCUCAGUAGUCAGUUUCAUAAUCGCAUACAGAGAGAUGGAGAAUCACUUUGUGACUUCAGCCGUGCCCUGAUUCGCACCUACAACAAGAUGGAAAAAGCUGCCACUACACAAGCUCAAGGAGAAGCUUUAAGUCAGUUGAAAAACAAGACCUUAAGUGAUCAAUUUGUCAAUGGUGCCCGGGAGGCUUGGGUGAGGAGAGAGUUGAGGCGAAUACAGAUGAUGCAUGAAAUCGAUGGAUUUGCCAAGAUUCGUGAGGAAGCCCUCAAACUCUUUCAGGAGACUGCCACCACUCAGAGGCCCAGAGUGCGAGAAGCAGAUAUUGAAGUUGGAAGGGCAGUCAUGAAAGAUUCCAUGCUUGUGCAACAGGUAGUAGAACAACAGAAAGCUAUAAUGACGGAGUUGGAGCAACUUAGGGGAGAAGUCGCCAAGCUGAAAGGAGGAAAACCUCAGAGGAAGAGGACUGAUGGACGAUGCUUCAGCUGUGGCCAUAAAGGACAUCUACGACGUGACUGCCCCAACAUACCCACCGGUUCCCCUGCACAUGAAUAUAAUUACUCUGCUGGCAACUGGCAUCAGGAGAAUCAAAGCUUCCCCACUUGGAGCACGGAAUCAGGUACCAUGCAGAAUCAUGGCAGUUUCAACAGGCCAACAGUCUUCCAGUCCUCAUCACAAGGAGCUGCCAGUAUUCCUCACCAACAUAUCGCAUCCCAGGAGGAAAACUAGACCCCUCUGUUGUUGAGGGCCAAACGGCAGAGGACAUUAGAAAGCAAUAUCAUACAGAAGAGCCCAUAGAAGGAACUGUAACCAAUCCACAAACUGAUAUGUCAUUUGGUGGUAAUUCAGAGGAUGUAAAUGAAUCCAGUGGGGCACAAGGCAGACAAACUUCAGUGGCAGAGGUUGUGCCAGCAAUGGAUGAGAUAGUCGACACAGCUGAUUUGAUUUCCGAAAGCCCAGCUGUCAUAGCAGAAGUUACUGGUGUACCCAUUGGCUGCAUCCUCGACACUGGGGCAGAGGCGUCCAUUAUACCAUCAGACGUGUUUCAUCGACAGUUGGAAGCAGCGGUAGGAGAAGUGAGCCCAUUUAAUAAACCUUUGAAAAUUGUCGGUGUGGGGCCAACCAAAGUACCAGUGGAA